GAACCUCUCGCAGGAGUGGUUUGAGAGGAAAAAAAAGAAUACGCGUGGAGCAAAAUUACACCAAUACAAGACGACGCCAGGAAGAGAACAUACGAACAAACACCAAAAUGCAAACAAGGAUGCGUGUGAAGGCAUGAAAUGAGAGGAGAGAUGGCUAGAACCUUGAGAAAUAACGGAAAUAAGGAGUUGAGAGGCAGGGAUCAUGUUACCACCACCACCAGCACCACCUGCCAGUCAAGUGAUUAGUGCACCGUGAGUCUGCCAUUUACUCCACACCUGCCACACACCCGACUGGUAGCAUGCGUGUCUUCCCCAUCACCUGCCGCAGCUCCUCACUUACGUGGUCUCAUAUGUUGGAUAAUUAAGCACUACCUCAGAAUGGCCGAGCUCAUCAAAACCCUGCUGAGCUUCUCCGAGCGUGCUGGGGAGAUCGCCCGAGCCAUCCGCCAGGAGCCCAAGCUGUUCUCCCUGCUGGUGGAGGAGAAGGGCGAGGGGGAGAAGAACCAGCGUUUUGCCCACGACUUCAAGACCCUGGCAGAUGUGCUGAUCCAGGAGGCGCUGAGGCAUCAUGUGGCCAGGAUGAUUCCCAGCCUGGCCCAGUGGGUGCAGGGGGAGGAGAGUGCUGAGUUCACCAACACCCUCGGAGAGAAGAUCACCGUGAGGAUCUGUGACACGCAGGACGGCACAGCCACACUGCUCGCCAAGGUCCUGGACGGCAACAAGGAAGCAGCAGACAUCUUGGCGGCGCUGGCUCACCGGGACGUCACCUUCAGUCCGGACCCUCACCUGAUGGAGCGCGUGCCGGACCUGCCUGUGGAGCACCUCGGGAUAUGGAUAGACCCUGUCGACUCAACUGGGGAAUACGUGAGGGGCCGGCCAAGUCAAGCUAAGGGCAGCAUUCACCAGCAGGGCCUACAGUGUGUCACGGUGCUCAUUGGGGUGUUUGACCGCCGCUCAGGGCUUCCCGUUGCUGGCAUCAUCAACCAACCAUUCGCAAUCUUCACUGAAAGCAACCAAAGCUGGGAAGGCAAGGCAUACUGGGGAGUGAGCUAUGGGGGUGCCAGCAUCCACAAUCUUCCCCCAAGUGCCCCAGGAUCCCCGAAAGCCUCUCUCCCAGUAGUGGUGGUGUCCUCCAGCGAAGACCCGGCCCUGCAUGCCAAGCUGUCUCGUCGCUUCACUGUCCUACAUGCCACAGGGGCCGGGUACAAGCAGCUGGUGGUGGCGCUGGGCUUGGCUGCUGCCUCACUCUCCUCUAAGGGGUCAACAUUCCGCUGGGACUCUGCUGCGCCACACGGGCUACUGAGGGCUGCAGGCGGCGGUGUUGUGGUGUACCGGCGCCUCACCAGUCUCACACCAGCCCAGGACAUUGCAGCAGAGACGCUUGAGGAGCUGCAGAUCCGCUACCACAAGCCAAAUGAGAACCCUGCCCAGCCCAGCCUGCAGUGGUGCAAUGAGGGUGGUCUGGUGGCCUACCGUGACCCCAAGGUGCUGGCCACAGUCAUGGAGUGUGUGGCAGAAUGACCUCACUCUUCAUGACACUCUCUUCUCAGUCACUCGUCAUGGAGGUACACUCACACUUACAAACGUUCACAUUCUCGCAAACGCACACACACCCACAUGCACACACACUCUUACAUGCAUACACAUUUACACUUGUACACAAAUGGGAAAUACAAGAUGAGGAAAAAGAAACAAGAAAGAAGAGAUUAGACUGAAAGGGAACAUGUAAGUGAAGGAAGAAAGAAAGAAGCUGUUUGAAAUGUGGGGGAUGAUAUAAGUAUGUCUUCCUGAUCCCUCCCUCUCUCCCUUUCUCUCCCCACCACUUCCUUCUUCACCACACACAUGUCCCGCCUCCUCCACUGGCCUGCUACGUGUAUGAUGUAGAAUCCCUCUCGGGUCAGACACACAGUUGUCUGCAUUUUAGAGUACAAUUAAAAGUCCAAAUUUAGAUUUAAGCAGCUAUCUUGUGUGUUAUCAGAGUACACAGGUUAAAGAUGACAUGCAUUCACUGUGAUGGAUGUAUAAAGAAAUUUGAUACUCUUAAGAAAGAUCUGAGUAGAUUUAAAACCAAAAUUUUCAAAGUUUUUAUUAGAAUUCUAACUAUUUAAUUGCUUGAUUUUUUGUAAUACUAUUUUAUCUGCAAAAGGCUGAAGUAAAUGGCAUCCCGUCUGCCCCUCCUGUCACCUUUCCCUUCCCUUGCCUCACAUCUGCUCCUUCCUCCCUCCCUCCCUCCCUUCCUGCCUGCAGGUAAGAGCUAGCUUAGAAAAAGAGUGAUGUUGAAAGUCGUUUAUGAAUGUGGGAAUGUAUCUAGACAUUGUAAAGAUGUAUAUCAAGCUAAGCAAGGAAAUGUGUCAAAGAUUUCCUGGAGUAAUCUUAAAAUUACUUCAUUGUUAUGUAGAAUUGUCUUGAAUAGUGUUGAGAAAUUAUUCCUGUUGAAAUUAUAUACAAUCUUUAUUUCUGAAACUAAAAACUUGUUAAUGUAUAGAUAAGUCUAUAAUAAUCAAUAGUCUAUCCAUAGUUCUUUGUUCCAUUAUGACUCGUUAAUACUCUGCUAUAUUCCAGUCAUAUCCAUAGAAUAAUUUAUAGUUUAUAGUUCUUUGUUCCAUUACCAAAUGCACGUAAAUUGCAUGUUUGUAUUGUCAUGGUCAUAAAUUGAGUAACAUGUCGCAUUCACCUCCACUGUUUGGCAUUUUCUCUCAUUUCCCAAGUCCUCGUAUCUGCUGACUGUCCUCUUACAAAACCAAGCAGCUGUUGGACUCUGGCCAGAUCAGAGGACUUGAGACUGAGGGAGACAAAACACGGUGGAAAUGAUUGUGUUGUGUUACUCAACUGUUGACCAUGAUGGAGCCAGAAAGUGCAUUUCAUCAGGUGACUACUCACCCAUUAUACUAAUCAAACAGACUUAUUUGCUUACACUACUAAUAUAGAUGUUUAGACACCCCUUUAUAUAACAAACCCUGGCCAAGAGCAACCUUCAGACAACUAUUUUUAAAGCCAAGUGAACUAAUGCAAUAGAAUCCUUUGAAUCUUUACAUCACCACCGCCUGGCAUCUUAGGUGUCAGUGUGUGCAGUAUGGCCCAUGAUCCUUUCACCAGUUAGAAGUGGUUGGGAGUGGUUCUGAUCUCACCACUUAUAAAGGCAGGCCACACAUCACCACCACUGUCACCCCAUGCAGUGGCUGGCAACACAAAAACACAGCACCACCACCACAGUUUGCCCUUAUCAUAAUUUCACCUGUCAUGUCUGUGAUUGAUCAAUUUGUAAAUGCUGAUAAUCAUUUUGUUAGAUGGUUACCUGAUGUUCCUUUACGUGCCAGAUGCUUAGCUUUAACCUCACAUUACUAACCUUCCAUACAACUGACAAUACUGCCAAUUUCAGAGUGCAUACUAUACCUGUGCAUCUAUUUAUAUGGCAACUUUUGGUGUUCAUUACCUUUAAGUCACUCAUUAGUACUCAGCUUUAUGAAUAAGUCUUAGUCUGUGUUCCAUAGUUUAAGUGCCAUAACCUUUCCAUAAUAUUAGUCCAUUUUAAAGUAAGUUUCUUGUGUGUUCCGUAUUUGCCAUGCUAACAAUACCUAUCUGUGUUAUCCCAUAUUAUUCCUCUGUUAUAUUAAUAUUUUUAUCAGUCUGUGUUCAUAUUUUUUAUUGACAAUAUCUUUCCAUAAUAUUCCUCAGUUUGAACUAUAGUUUUCUCUGUUCCAAAUUUUUUUUGUGUGUCAACAAUACCUAUUCAUAAUAUAACUCAGUUUGAGAAAUGAUAUUCAAUCUGUAUUCCAUAACUUUAGUGACAAUAGCUAAUCUCAUUUUUCCUCAGUUUUAAGUGAUUUUUGUCUGUUUCUUUUAUGCCAACAACACUUAUUCAUAAUAUUUCUCAGUUUUCUGAUAACUAUUAGUCUGUGUUCCAUAAUUUUAGUGACAAUAGCCAUCCAUAUUAUUAGUCACUUUCUAGAAUAAGUUUUUGUGCCUCAUAUUUUUUCACACCAACAACAGGUUUCUAUAAUAUUACUCAGUUUUAGAAAUAGCAUUCAAAGUGUUACAUAUUUUUUCAUGACAUUACAUAACCAGGCACCUUCAGGCAGGAACACAUGCACAGUAGUCUUCAGCAACACACUCUGCCUUUGGUCACAGGGCAGGCGUGGUGAUAACUCAAGUAACCUCACUCAUGAUACUUCUGUGUCAGACGUUUCCCCUUCAAUCUCAAGUCUUCAGAUGUGCUAAGAAUCUAUCUGUUAUCAAGUUCCAUAAGAUUGUCAGUAGAUAAGACUGAGAAAAAAAACAUUGAAAGUGAGUACUACUUUAUUGUUGGCCAUUGGUGAAUAUACCUUAGCAUGUCUGUGGCCUUAGCAUCUUGGCAGCACAAUGUAGAGCAUACUUGAAAAACAUUACACCGAGCAACAUUGUUAUUUGUAGCCCAAGGGAGCAUUACUGUAUAUACGUGAAAGUGUGUGUGUGUGUUUACGAAAAAAAAGUACAUAUUACUGAAAUUUGUGUAUAGCUGAAUCUCAGUGUGUGUGUGUGUGUGUGUGUGUGUGUGUGUGUGUGUGUGUGUGUGU